CAAUGAUUUUUCCAAACUUUUAUUUGAUUUUUUAAUCACUCAAAUAACAUUUAGUUAUUGCAAAGAAAAGUACAAAAUCCAAAAUGAUAGAAAUUUAUCACCCACAAUCCUACGGAAAUAGGAGUUUUACUAUUUGAGUUUUACUAUUUCAAUCUAUUCUUUCAUUUGUAAACAAUUCUUUUUUAUAAAACAAAUGUUAAUUGGCUAAUUUUGAUUUCUUCCUCCCCAAACACAUCUACAUUUUUCAUUUAAUUGUUUUUCAUUUGUACGACUUCCUAUUUAAUAUUCUGCCUUGUAAAUAACCAGUAUGUUGAAGGCACCUGAUAUUUCAGGGAAAGGUGAGCAGUUCUUUAUCCUUAGCUUGGAAUGUUCUUUCUUCCCCGCUUCAUCUCUGUAUCUCCUACUCAUUCUUCUGAUUUUGGUUCAAGUGUCACUUCACUGAAAAGUUAGAUUAAGUCUAUCAUAGUAUUCUUUGUAAUACUUGUAAAAGGUACAGUUUAUUCUUGUUUGGAAUUAUCUGGAUUACAUGAAUUAUUUUUCUACAUGUAUUUUUGUUUAAUAUUGCAUUCUCUGUGCUUACCACAGUGCUUGAGACCUGGUAAUUUUUAAAUGAAUGAAUAAUGGCUUGAAAUAAUUCAGCUGCUAAGAAAUGAGAAAACGCAGGGUUUGGAAAAGCUAAUUAACCCGCUCACAUACCGGUAAGAAGUGGAUAAAAGAUGUGAACUCAGGUCGAUGCAUUUAUUUGCUAUUAUUGGUUUCUUUGUUCAAGAAAAUGAAAGUCAUCAUGGGUAGAUUAUUUUCAAAAUCACUCAAUUCUUCCAUUAGAAAGUGCUUGUUUUUGUAGAAAGUAAGGGCACUUAGAAUAAAGAGCAUAGAAACAGAAGGUUGUAUUGGGAAGGGCAGCAGGGCAACUGGGUACUAGUCAGUCUCCUGCUUCUUCGCUAACUAACCUAGUGACUUUAGGCUAAUAAACCUCCCUUCCCAAAAAGAAGGCUACAAAGACAGCAAAGCUGCGCAGGCCCGAAGAAGACAUCAAGGGCAAAUCUUUCACUUUACAGGCGAGAGAGGCGAAUGGGCUUGUGAAAUUCACGACGUGGCAGAGCCCCACGGCCAGCUCCUGACCUCAUUGUCCCGAAUCACCCCGCCCCUCCCUGAACAAACACCUGCCGAGCGCGCCCGGGCAGCACCCAGCGGACGUGCUCCUCGGUCGUGUGCCUCGUAUUGAUUACUGGCCCCCUUCCGCUCUCACAUUUUUCACCCCACCACUCUUUAAAUGGCCUUUAGAUUCACAGUUGAAGUGGGGAAAGCUUGCUGCCAGGCACUGAGUGGCGAGAGCGGGUCGCAGCCGGCCCCGAGGUGGCAACCUAGGAGGGUAGCUGCCUGGGACCACGGGCGCGCCUCCCCAUAAUCCGAUAAUCCCGGUGCCGGGCGAGCCAGAGGGCGAGGCUGGGGCUUCCGGACGCGACGCCUUUGGCCUGCCGGUGACCCCACGGCUAGGGCUGCGGGAGGAAACUUUCUGUGCAUUUGGAUCCGAGGCGUGCUGGCCAGAGGUCCUCCACGAUCUUCUCCACCCCGGUUCAUCCUCCUUUCCAAGUCUCCCGUUGCCCGGAGAGAGACGUUUCUACCUGACAGACGGCUAUCUCCGAAGGGGGUACUUCCACCGUUGCUGCUGGCCUAGAGUCCCCGGAGGCAGCCCUUCCCCGCCCCCGGCCUCACCCUGGCCUGAGCCGGUGGCCCCAAGGCCGGCGGGGUCAAGUUCCUCCCGGAGCCGGGGCGAAGCCCAGCCCCGGAGCUGCCACCCGACGCCGCUGGGCGGGCACCAGCCAAUCGGCACGAAGCAUACACGGGCCCCCGCCAAUCAGCGCCCGCCUUAUUCCUGCGUGCGGCCGGCCGGCGCGCUCCACGUCCCCCACCCGGCGCUAGUAGUCGCGGCUGUGGCUGCUGCGGCCGCCUGAGGCGACUCGGGCCUGGGCACUGGCCCCGCUGGCGCCGUCCGCUUUCUCCUGUCGUCUUCACUGAGGAUGAGGCCCUGCGCGGCUGCAUAUCGACCCCGCGGAGACCACCGGCGCACCUUCAACUAGCGACUGGUCCCCCUCGCAAUCAUGGAUAUUUAGAAGAAACAGACCGUGUGGAGGGGGAGUUCCCCUCCUCACUCCCCCUUGGUGCUUGACUGCGGGAGUAAUUUGAAAACUGGAAUUUUUUUAAAAUGAAGACCUUGUAUUUGAUAAGAACUUUAUAGAGCUAUUUGUAAUUUUUUUGAUUAACGUGCCAAAAAUUAUAUAAAGAUAUAUAGUUUUAUACUGUUGUCACAAAGAUUUAAAUUAUACACAUUAAUCCUGAAAAGGUCAUUUAUUCUCUGUAAUUCUUCCUGAAUAGCACUUUUGUGUCCUGGCUUUUCAUUUCUAAGAUUAGUCUUAACUGACAAUUCUGAGGAAGUAAGCAGUAGAAAGAGAGUUAGGAUGAAUUCUCCCAUCCCUGACUGCACCUCAAAGUGUCACUCCCUGAAACACGCGUUGGAUGUCCUUUCUGUGGUGACAAAGGGGAGUGAGAAGCAGAUCAAGGCCUUCCUCUGCAGCCACUGUUGCAAUGCCGCCACCGUCAGGGAUGCCUUGGGCAGGAACGCCCUGCACCUGGUCUGCUCCUGCGGGAAGAGGGGCGUGCUGGACUGGCUCAUCGAGAGAGGGGCGGACCUGCUGGUCAAGGACAAGGAGUCGGGGUGGACGGCACUGCACAGAGGCGUUUUCUAUGGCCACAUCGAUUGCGUUUGGUCUCUGUUAAAGCGUGGUGUUAGUCUGUAUAUUCAAGAUAAAGAAGGCUUGUCGGCUUUGGAUCUUAUCAUGAAGGAUAGACCAACUCAUGUGGUAUUCAGGAGUACUGAUCCUACAGAUGUCUACAUGUGGGGUGAUAAUACAAAUUUUACCCUGGGUCAUGGAAGCCAGAAUAGCAAACACCAUCCAGAGUUGGUGGAUCUUUUCUCCAGGAGUGGAGUUUAUAUCAAACAGGUGGUGCUUUGUAAAUUUCACUCAGUGUUUCUGUCUCAGAAAGGGCAAGUUUAUACGUGUGGUCACGGUCCCGGAGGUCGAUUAGGUCAUGGAGAUGAGCAGACAUGCUUGAUCCCCAGGCUGGUGGAAGGACUGAGUGGCCAUAACUGUUCCCAAGUGGCAGCCGCCGAGGACCACACUGUGGUACUAACUGAAGAUGGAUGUGUUUACACAUUUGGUCUGAACAUUUUUCAUCAAUUGGGAAUUAUUCCUCCACCUUCCAGCUGUAAUGUACCUAGACAGAUGCAGGGAAAAUACCUGAAAGGAAGAACAAUCAUUGGGGUUGCAGCAGGCAAGUUUCACACAGUUCUUUGGACUAGAGACGCUGUUUACACUCUGGGACUAAAUGGUGGACAACUAGGCUACUUACUAGAUCCUAAUGGAGAGAAGUGCGUCACUGCCCCACGCCAAGUCUCCGCCCUUCAUCACAAAGACGUCACUCUGUCCUUGGUCGCUGCCAGUGAUGGCGCCACCGUCUGUGUCACCACGAGGGGUGAUGUUUACUUGCUCGCAGACUAUCAGUGCAAAAAGAUGGCUUCUAAACAAUUGAACUUGAAAAAGGUUCUUGUGUCUGGUGGUUGUAUGGAAUACAGAGUUGAUCCUGAACAUUUGAAAGAAAAUGGGGAUCAAAAAAUUUGCAUUCUAGCAAUGGAUGGCGCUGGAAGGGUUUUUUGCUGGAGAUCAGCCAGCAGUUCUCUGAAGCAGUGUCGAUGGGCCUAUCCACGCCAGGUCUUCAUUUCUGAUAUUGCCUUAAAUAGAAACGAGAUUCUGUUUGUCACACAGGAUGGAGAAGGAUUUAGAGGGAAAUGGUUUGAAGAAAAAAGGAGGAGUUCUGAAAAAAAAGGUUUCUUCUCUUUAGCAGAUAUUUUCUCAAACCUUCAUAAUUCCUCAGCGGACACGUCUUGUAUCUCUGAUGUGAAUAGUGUGUAUGAAAGGGUCCGACUGGAGAAACUUGCUUUUGCCCAUAGAGCCGUCAGCGUCAGCACAGACCCGAGUGGAUGCAACUUUGCCAUCCUGCAGUCAGAUCCUAAAACAAGCCUGUAUGAGAUUCCCUCUGUGUCCUCAUCAUCCUUCUUUGAAGAGUUUGGCAAACUGUUGAGGGAAACCGAUGAAACGGACAGUAUCCACGAUGUGACAUUUCGAGUCGGGAAUAGAAUCUUCCCUGCACAUAAAUACAUUUUGGCAGUGCGUUCUGACUUCUUUCAGAAGUUGUUUCUCUCAGAUGAUACUGGUUUAGAAUUUACAGAUGUUUACCGGAAAGAUGAAGAUUCUGCAGGAUGCCAUCUCUAUGUGGUGGAGAAGGUUCAUCCUGACUUGUUUGAAUACCUUCUGCAGUUUAUAUACACAGAUACUUGUGACUUUUUAACUCAUGGCUUCAAACCAAGAAUACCCUCAAACAAAAAACCAGAAGAAUAUCAAAGCACUCUGAAUUCUCAUUUGAAUAAACUGAAUUGCUGUGAGGAUGAUAAUCAGAAGUCAACAUUUGAAGUUUAUAAGAGUAACCAAGCUCAUACAAUUAGCGAAAAGCAGAAAAGUAAACCUAAAUCUUAUAAAAAGGGAAAAAGUGUUGGGGAAGAUGAUCCUGUAAGAAUGUUUCAAAAUGUUGCAAGGAAGUUUGGCUUCAGUACUUUGAGCAGUAGGUUAGAUGGAGUCAGGUUUGAAAAUGAAAAGAUUAAUGUUAUUGCCAAGAAAACUGGUAAUAAACUGAAGCUAAAUCGGAAAACAUGCUCAUUUCUGUGUGAUGUGACCAUGAAGUCAGUGGAUGGAAAGGAGUUCCCCUGUCACAAAUGUGUUCUCUGCGCCAGACUCGAUUAUUUUCAUAGUAUGCUGAGUAGCUCAUGGAUUGAGGCUUCCUGUUGUGCAGCUCUGGAAAUGCCGAUACAUUCUGAUAUCCUGCAAGUGAUUUUGGACUACCUCUACACUGACGAAGCUGUGGGGGUCAAAGAAUCUCAAAAUGCAGAUUUUAUUUGUAGUGUUCUUGUGGUGGCUGAUCAGCUUCUCAUAACUCGAUUGAAAGAGAUUUGUGAAGUAGCAUUAACUGAAAGAUUAACCCUUAAGAAUGCUGCUAUGCUCCUGGAAUUUGCAGUUAUGUAUAAUGCUGAACAAUUGAAAUUAUCUUGUUUACAGUUCAUUGGACUGAACAUGGCAGCUGUACUUGAAGCAAGGUCUCUUGAUGUUUUAAGUGAUGGUGUAUUGAAGGAUCUUUCUAUGUUCUACCGAAAAAUGAUUCCAGCAAUGGAUAGAAGAGUCAUUACACCUUAUCAAGAUGGACCAGAUAUUAGCUAUUUGGAAAUAGAAGAUGGAGACAUAUUUUUAAAAGAAGAAAUAAAUAUAGAACAAAAUUAUUUGGAAACUGUGUUCAAAAAGGCAAAAACAAAAGCUAAAAAGAAGCCACGUAAACGUUCGGAUAGUUCCGGAGGCUAUAACCUUUCUGAUGUUAUUCAGAGUCCACCAUCUUCAGGAUUGUUAAAGUCUGGUAAGACCAAUUCUGUGGACUCUCUUCCAGAGCUCUUGACAUCAGACUCGGAAGGGAGCUGUGCAGGCCUGGGCAGUCCACGAGACCUGCAGUCCCCCGAUUUCACAGCAGCGUUUCCUGCAGAGAAGAUCCAGGGGAGAGUUAAACCAUUUGUUAAUGGUACCCCUCCCACAGAAUCUAAGGAAGAUUUAAAACCCUGGGAAAAGUCACCAGUGUUUAAAAUCUCUGCUCCACAGCCCAUUCCCAGUAACAGAGUUGACACCACCAGCUCUACUAGUUGGGUUGCUGGCUCUUUCAGUCCUGUCAGCCCCCCCGUUGUGGAUCUCAGAACCAUCAUGGAGCUAGAAGAAAGCAGAGAGAAGCAGGGAGCCGCACCAAAGCCAAACUCAGGCAAAAUGAUUUUGCACGGAGUUAAACUUUCUCAGAAGCAACGAAAAAUGAUUGCAUUGACUACCAAAGAAAAUUCAGGAAUGAAUAGCAUGGAAGCAGUUUUAACCACUCCUCCAAAAGCCCCCAGACCAGGGAACAUAUGGUCACCGUCUCCACAGUCAGUGUCAUCCAAGUCAUUCCGGGAUUUCCUACUAGAAGAAAAAAAGUCUGUCACUGGUCAUAGUUCAGGUGAUCAUGUCAAAAAAGCUUGUUUUAAAGGAGUUGAAAAUUCUCAGACUCCAAAAGUUGUAAGAUGCUCUGCCCAUGGCAACCCAGGACCAGAAGGCAGCCACAUUUCAGACUCACCACUUCUAGACAGUCCCAAUCCCUGGCUGUGUUCCUCAGUGACAGCCCCUUCCGUGGUAGCCCCAGUCACAUUUGCCUCGAUUGUGGAAGAGGAGUUACAGCAGGAGGCAGCUCUGAUCAGAAGUCGGGAAAAGCCUCUGGCUCUGAUUCAGACUGAGGAACGUGCAAUACAAGAUUUAUUGGCUUUCUAUGAAGCAUUUGGCAACCCAGAUGAGUUUGUCAUUGUUGAAAGGACACCGCAGGGCCCACUGGCAGUGCCUAUGUGGAAUAAGCGUGGAUGCUAGCUCACUGUGAGGCCGAGACGCAUUCUCCACAGUUACCAUUACUGCAGUGUAAAGAAAUAGCUGUGGAAAGAGUUCUUACAGAUUUGGUAACGGAUCACCCUAGAUAGAAUAAGAAGGAUUUGAUUUCUUUAAUGUAGUUUACACAUAUAAUGCUUAUAUGAUUAAAAUUUUUAAAAUUGUGAUUUUAGUAACUUUUACAUAAAAAUGUGUGAGAGGAAAAACUUACUAAGCUGAGGUUAAAUAGAAUCGAUUCUUCUGAAUAAUCUUAGAGGAAAAUAUGAGUGAUUGCAUUAUAAAAUUAUGGGCAAUGUAUUAAAAAUAACAUUGAGAAUUUAGAAGAUUUUGCCAAUAUCUGUUGUCACUCUGCUUUUUAAAUACAGUAUUGAUGAGUUUAAAGUAGGAGCAUCAGUCAUCACUUCUCAUCUAUCAAUGGCCAGAGUUCUGUGUUUGCUGCAGUAGCUGUUUCUCCAUUUUCGUUGCCUUUUUCAUCAGGCUAUGAAUGUAUUUGAGGUUUGCUUGAAGCUGGCCCUGCUCAAAUACUGUAUUUCAAUUUAGAUGGCAGGUUCUCCAGUUUGCACUAAGCAAUAGAGGACAGUGGAGAGGGAAUUAGAACACUGAUUAUUUGGACUAAAGAGUCCAAGAUAAUAGUUUCUUUUUAAGAUUUGGAGUCCUUAUGAAUUGUUUUUAAGUGGGGAGGGAGAACCUUAGAAAAGCCUAAUUGUACAAGAAUCAAUUUCUCAGUGUUAGAUUUUCUAAAAUAAAGGCUUAAUUAUACAUAGGAGAACAGAACAGUUUGGAAGACGGUGGGUUAUAAUUACAUUUGCAGUGUUGUAUAAUCCUAAAUUAUCUGAGCCUGGGUUAUACAUACAGCACGAAAAUUGUUUUCUUUAUAUACAAAGUGUGAUGUUUGGUUUGUUUUUGAGGAUUUAAAUUUUCAGAAAACAGAUGUUAUAUACGUGCUCCACUACAUAGACAAAUUGGGAAGGUUAAUGUUCUGCUUUCUGGAAGAUAAACUAAGAGGAAAAUAUAGGCAGUUCACUGCUGUAUGUCAGUGGAUGGGGCAGUGACUGAAAUUAACUCAGUAUGUAAGGUUUAGCUCUACCCCAGAGUAGCAGACGUGUAAGCAAACAUGCAAUAAAAAAUAACCUGGAUCCAUUUUACUGCUGAGGUGCUUGAUGCCUGUACUGUGUUGACAUCCAUUAUAGGAAGAAUCCAUGGACUGCGCUAAUACAUUUAUGGUGACGCUGCCUUCAUUCUAUGACUGCUUAUAAAAAGGAAGUUUUCCAGAUUUGAAUCUGUGAAAAGUUUUAUAUUAUGUGUGUUUGAAUAAAUUGAGAAGAAAUGAAUUUUAAGAUGUUUUAUUGAUGUUGCAGCAAAGAGGCUUUCUGAAGUAAUUGGUUUAUUUCAUUUGGACCUUUGAUUCUUCUGCUCAUUCUGGCAUGUGUAGUAUUUGAAGAUGGUGUGAAGUGAUAAUGUCCUGCCUGGAAGUGCCCGGAGGGGUCUUUGUUGCAUGGGUGUGAGGAAGGGCUGCCCUGUUGGGCUUUGCUCCUCUACACCUGCAGCCAGAGCAGCUGUGCGUUAUGGUCUGUUUUAUGCACGUGUAUUGAGGUGGUGUAUAAAAUUUCACUGGGAAACAAAUGAGUUAUUUUGCUGGUAAAGAGAAAGAUAAGCCCUGCAGUACACUGUAUUUCUUCAUAAAUUAUUCUAUGAAAAUAGCAGUCUGAUACAUUUUACCAAAAACCCCAGGAAAGUAAUGUUUUCUUUAAAUUAGCAAUGACAUCAUCCUACCUGCAGUCAUUUAUUCUUCUCCAAACUCGUAACUUCAAGAAAGAUCCAGUUGAAUUGCAGAAAAACUAAAAACAGCCAAUUUUAAAGGUCACUGGUAUAGGGAGGACUUUAAGGUGAACCAAAAUAGUCAUAGAACUCUUAAGCCUGGAAAGGUGAUGGUUGGGUAGGGUAUUGGGAUGAGGCAGAAUAGACUUAAAAUUCACAAAAUUUUGAAGAGUGCUAGGCAGGUAAAAUCAAUUUAGGACUUUUUCUUCAAAUCCCAAAGAGCUUUUCUAAAAUUAAGAAAAAGCCAUGCUUUCCACAGGAACAAUAGCAUGCAUCAAUUGGAAAAGAUACUGCAAUUGGAAAGGAUAUCUGAGUUGGAGGCUUGAGUAUCUAUAUUGGUUCAUGAUAAGAGCACUGAUAGCUGUUUUGUAAUA